UGCUUCAUCCCCAAAGUGAUAUCUCUGGGUCUUUUCUCCAUGAAGCCUCUUUCUUGUUCUUCUUCUUCUUCUGUGAUCUUGGUAUUAGCCUCUGUGUUACUCUCAUCAUCACUUGCUGCUGCUAAUAACUCGGCUCCCAAUGAACUGAUCAGAAUCCCAAAAGUUGUAGGCCCUGAAAGCUUAGCCUUCGACUGCAACGGCGACGGCCCUUACGCCGGUGUCUCCGACGGCCGGAUUCUCAAAUGGAAUCAAACUCUCAAACAAUGGCUCGAGUUUGCUCUCACCUCACCACACAGGGACAGGAAAUUUUGUGAUGGAACAACAGAUCCAAAAAAGGAACCUACAUGUGGGAGGCCAUUGGGACUCAAGUUUCACAAGAAAACAUGCAAUCUUUACAUAGCAGAUGCAUACUUUGGCCUCUUAAUGGUGGGACCAAGUGGCGGUGUGGCUCACCAACUAGCCACUUCUGCUAAUGAUGGCUCUCCUUUCCACUUCCUCAAUGCCUUAGACAUUGAUGAACAAUCUGGUGUGGUUUAUUUCUCAGAGAGCAGCACUGUAUUCCAAAGAUGGGAUUACCAAUUGGUAGUCCUUACAGGAGAUAAAACGGGAAGGUUGCUUAAGUAUGACCCAAGUAGUAAGAAAGCACAAGUCUUGGUCCAGGGCAUAGCAUUCCCAAAUGGUGUGGCUUUAAGCAAGGAUGGUUCAUUCCUUUUGUUGGCAGAAUCAACUUUUAAUAUCAUUCACAAGGUGUGGCUGAAAGGUUCUAGAGCCUACACUUCAGAACAUUUUGCAACACUUAAAAGGGCCCCGGAUAACAUCAAGACAAAUGACAAUGGAGAUUUCUGGUGGCAAUGAACAGUUAUAGGGCAGUGCUUGAACAUGCAGAUCAUAAUUUAAGAGUGCAGAAGAGACUCUAAUGCCAUGGCGGAGAAAAGUAGACCCGGUUGCUGUGAAAUUUGACCAAAAUGGAGAGCUUUGGAGGUUCUGGAUGGAGGAGGUGGCCAAGAGCUUAACUCUGUAAGUGAAGUGGAAGAACAUGAUGGGAAGUUGUGGAUAGGGUCUCCUGAUAAAGAUUAUGUUGCUAUAAAUAAUAAUGUCUAGCUUUUCAAUAUAGUUGUAUCCUUUUUAUUCAAUAUAUUUGUAUCUUUAUUAUUUUUAUAUCUUGUUGAGUAAAGUCGAAGAGAACACUCAAUGAAAUUAUUAAGCGAAAUCUUUCGGUUAACAAGUUAUUUAAAGAUAUGAUUAUUAAUAGAGUACAAUGAUGAUUUUGAAUUAUAUAUAGCCAAUCCCAUUUAAUAGAAUAAAGCUUUGUUAUUGUUGUUAACUCAA